GCUGUCAGCCGGACCGACAUGGCCCAAGGAGCUGCUCGCAGAAACGUCCCGGAAAAACGUUGAAACCCGCGGCGUCAAGAACAGACUGCGUAGGUGGCUCUCGUGGCGAACUUUGUGAAUUCUGCACAUACAGUAGAAGAUCCAGACUCGUAGCCUGAAGGCUGCACCGCAACAAUGCCGGAGUCGUCCGUGGUCAAGGACAUUCGCAGCAGCUCUGUUGAAUGUAGAACAUCCCCCUUGAGGCAGUUCAGCCAGUCAUCGCUGCCUCUGCACAGAAACUCCUACGCGCUCAGUACGUUCUGCGCGGAGCACAACGUGCAGGAAUGUCUAUCGCACAUCAAUCAGGAGGUGUCAUCUUUUGGACUUCCACCGGUCUGGACGGAGCAGGACGGCAGCUCAGAGCUGAAUAUUGUGGCCGUGCUGAAUUGCAUGUAUGACCUGAUUCAGUUGCACCGCAGGGGCCUCCGAACCCUGGAAAACAUGGAAGUGGAGCAGCUGAAGUCUAACAGCAACGUGGACUACCUGCAGCUCACCAGCACACGUCUAAAGGAGCAGCUUGAAAUUUCUAAAAGAGAAAACACAGGACUUCUUGAGCGAGAACGACAGCUACAGCUGAAAGUGAAGAGUUUGCAGAACUGCCUGAAAAAUGAAAAAGAAGAGGUGCAAAAACUUCAGAACAUCAUUGCAAGUCGAGCCAGUCAGUACAAUCAUGAGAUGAAAAGGAAAGAACGAGAGUUUAACAAACUAAAGGAGCGACUGAAUCAACUUCUGGUUGACAAAAAGGAGAAGAAGCAAGCCAUUGAUGUGUUAAACAACAUUGGGAGGGCUGAUGGGAAGAGAAGCCUUUGGAAAACUGAAAAGACAGAAGCAAAGCACGAGGGGGAAAUGUACAAGACUCUGCUGAGCGACUAUGACAGCCGGCAGAGGGAGCUCCUGAUGGAAAAUGCAGAGUUGAGGAAAGUGUUGCAGCAGAUGAAAAAAGACAUGGUGUCCAUCCUGAGUGCAAGAAAACCAGCAGCGAAAGGCGACAAACACGAACACGGUGGCACGCAGGCUGCUUCAGAGGAGGAGGAAGACGAGGUGUUUGACUCCAGUAAGGAAAGUGUGGAGCUGUAUUGCGUUCAUGCCCGAGAGAAACUGACCAACAGUAUUCGUCUGCAGUGGAGGAGGCUCAAGAGUCACGUCGAGAGGCUGGACAGCCAAGUAUCUUUAGCUCAGACAGGUGAGACUACAAACACUGACGCUGUUCCACGAGAGACUCACGAGGAGGAGAUGGACAGACUGAAGCUGGAGAUUCAGCAGUGCAAAGACUUUAUUCAAGCGCAACAGCAGCUCCUACAGCAGCAGCUCAGCUCUCCGUGUGACGAGGAGGCGGCGUCCCUGCUGAGCGACGGCUACAUGCUGCAGGAGAAGGAGCGACUCGGGGAGGAGUGGAAGACCCUCGAGGGCCAGAGGAAGAUCUUCGAGAGGGAGAGGAGGAACUUCACAGAGGCAGCGAUCAGACUGAGCCACGAGAGGAAGGCGUUCGAGGAGGAUCGCGCCACGUGGCUCAAACACCAGUUUUUAAACCUGAGUCCGUUUUCAGACUCCAAGAAACCUUCGCUGUCCAAGUCUAAAAGUGCCUUUUUAAUAUCUGAAACCGGGGCGAGUGCCGCUGUGGCUCCGGAGAAGCUCGUCAAACACCAAGCGGAAUCACCCAGAUGCGUCCCGCUGACGUCGCCUUCCACAGCUGACCUGUAUCGCACACUCUGCCUCAUCCCAGAAGACAGCUCAGCGAAACCAAAGAGACAGACGGAACACGCCGAGGAGUCGAGCAUCUUCUGCGCAAAGGUCCGCCUCAAACGGUGGGACGACAUCCAAGACCGCUCGCUCGCUCAGGAAAAGAACAGCUCCAUAUAAAGCCAUAAACACUUUCAAUCAGAAUUAUUGUUGAUGUCCACUAACUAUAGAUGAUUCGCGGUGUUUCCGAAGUUCGUCUUGAUGGUGAAUGCCAAAUCCUAGAAGAUGGAUUGUGAAAGGAUUAAAUAGCUGCCAGUGAGAGCCAAGAGAAACAGUUAGUUUUUUACUAACUUGCUGUUUUCGAGUAUGUGGUAAAGGUAUUUAUUUAUUUAUGUGGUUUUUGUAAGUCGUGUUUUGGCGGUUUCUUUGUAUCUUGUGUCUUGGGUUGUGCUUUCUGUCGGUGCAGGUGAGCAACAAACAUCACGUGUGCAGGUAAUGACGCGUCGCUUUGCUUAUCGGGCGACGCUGCAGAUAAAUUUGCCUGAAUGUUAACAGCUGUUUUUAAAAAAAAUCAUGUUAAACUUGUCACGGAGCUGUCAAGGAGUUUUAGAAUGUAGAUUUAAUGCUGCUGCUUCUCUCAAUGCAAUAAGAAACUGGGUAGAAUAGAAUAAAUAAGUUAUGUUUAGACAUCACAAACAACUUUCUAGUAAAUGUUAGAUUAGUAAGCGACGCUGUGUGAUGCUGCUGUAAAAUCUAACACGAGCUACACGAUGUGUCGUAGAUAUUACCAUUAGACCGCUAACAUGAAUGUAAAUUGUUUACGUCAUUUAUUUUUUUAUAUGUUUUUAUCUUGGGUUUAGCUGUUGGUUACCACUGGAAUGUGAAAUCAUGUGUUGUAGGAUGUUGAUUGUUGACAAUUACAAGUUCAUAAGCGGGCGCAUUUUCUUUUCAUUUGACAUAUUUUAGAGGAACUUGUGACUGAUUUUCAGCUGCUCUUCCUGUUGUGGCCCUCAGUAUUGAGCUGUGAAGGGCCUGUGACUGACAAAAACGUCCAAUCGGGUUCUGUGAUAAAAUCCCUGUUCAGUGUUCCAAUUUGGUUUUUGGAUAUGAUUCUUGCUCUGGGUUUAAAUGCCGAACGAACAAAUGGAAGACGCACCAGAGACGACAAAUGAAGACUGUUAUGCUAAGUCAAAUUAAGCCAGAUUAGAGGCAAGUUAAAUUGUGGGGUUGUGGAAAUAACAAACUAAAGCAACACAACCAAACCAGGUUGUAGGAUGCUGUAGAAAGAAGCAGAGAGUUUAAACUUAAGUAAUGCAGGAAUAAACUGGAUGCCACCUGCACAAAAAUACAGUUUAAUACUGUAACAGCCUCCAAGAGAACCAUCACACACGGAAGGUAAGUAGUUUUGUAAUAAAGUACUUUAUUAAUGUGUUACAAUAUGGAAAAAAAAUGACUGAUCAAUAUGUGAAGGAAUGAUGAUAUGUUCAGGUGGUUUUGUUCAAAGUUCGACACACUGGUCACGGGUUUGAUUCCGACGUGGACGACAUUUGAAUUUCUUUUUGUCAACGAAAUAUUUGAAUCCUGUUUAGUCCCUGCACAGACUGACGCUGUGAUUUUCAUGGAAGAAGUUUUUCAAUAAAUGCAAACGCUGCUGCCACUCACA